AUGACAGAGGCUACGGACAUCGGGAGAGAGGAAAUUGAGACUUGGCUUCUCGAGUAUCACCGUGGUAGCAAGAGCCUUGAUGCAGAUUCGUGGCUUGAUAAUUUCUACACAGAGGACAUCAGCUUGCAAUAUGCGAACCUCCCUGUUCUUUCCGGGGUCAGUGUUCGACAGAUGUUCAAGGAAACCUUUGCGAAGCUCGAUAUGAUGACACAUGAUAUUGUCCCUCGUGUCUACCAAGCCGCGACGAUCAGGUAUUUGAUCAAGGGCGACGACCCCGAGAAGGACGUAAUUGAAAUACCGGGAUUUGCUACGUUUUUCGUUAAAAAAGGGGAGGACGGGAAGAUCAGGUGUUACAAGGCCGAGAUCUUUUUGGAUCCGUUGCCUGUCUUUCAGCGCAUUGCGGAGAAGGGUUUGUAA